UCAAUUCCAGCUAGAAUGCUGCGUCAGGCACUUCGCAGACUUGGUCGAAAGCUGGUACGCAGACGUCCGCUGGAGGAAGAAGUGUUUGAGUUUGAAACUGACAUAAAACUGCGCUCUCUGGAUUUAGUGGCCCUGGGUGUGGGCCGCACCGUGGGUGUUGGUGUGUAUUUCCUGGCUAAUGAGGUGGCCAGUAAUCAAGCAGGACCAUCCAUUGUGAUCUGCUUUUUGGUGGCCGGCCUGACUUCCUUGCUGGCUGGGCUGUGCUAUGCAGAGUUUAGUGCCCGGGUUCCCCAUUCUGGGUCUGCAUAUCUCUACACCUAUGUCACUGUAGGUGAACUCUGGGCUUUCAUCACUGGCUGGAACGUCAUCCUCUCCUUUGUUGUCGAUGCAUUCAUUUUGGUCCAGGCCUGGUCCUUACCUUUCGACAUCCUGACUGGGACCCGGAUCUCUGAGACCCUGCAUGAGAGCAUCUCAGAGCAAGUUCCCCAAUUCUUUGCAGACAAUGUAAACUACUUUUUUGUCCUCUUUCUGUUUCUCUUCAUGGAAGUUCAAUAUGUGGAUGAUCGUGGGCUCUUCAGAAUUUUCGAAGUGUUCACAUUGGUGAAGCUUUUGGCUCUCAGUUUUGUCAUCAUCUCUGUUUUCAUUAAGGGGGACCUGCACAACUGGAAUCUCACAGAAGAGGACUACGUACAGGCUGGACUCAAUGGCACCUCUCGCUUGGGCCCUCUGGGCUCUGGAGGAUUCAUGCCUUUUGGCUUCCAGGGACUUCUCCGAGGAUCAGCUUCCUGUUUCUAUACAUUUAUAGGUUUCAGCGUUAUUGUUACCAGAGUCAAAGAAUCGCACAAUCCGCAGCGUUCCAUCCCCAUGGCCAUUGUGGUUUCACUGCUCAUCUGCUUUUUGGUGUAUUUCGGUGUCUCUGUGGCACUUACACUCAUGGUGCCUUACUACCAGCUUCGACCUGGGAGCACCUUGCCUGAGAUAUUUCUCCAUAUUGGCUGGGUCCCUGCCUACUAUGUUGUAGUUAUUGUAAUACUUUGUAAUGUUUUUGUCUAUGCCUCCUGGAGCUUUACAUACCCCAUACGUGUGGUGAUAUACAUGAUGGCAGAGGAUCGCCUCCUGUUUCCUGUCCUUACCAGGAUCUAUACUGGCACAUAUGCCUCUAUUGUAGCCACUGUGAUCUUUGUCACUAUCGCAGCAAUCAUGGUAUUCUUCUUUGGACUCACUGAUCUUCUGGACCUGAGGUCAAUUGGGACCCUGGUAUCUUAUUCCCUGGUAGCUUUUUGUGUUCUCAUCGUCAGGUAUCAGCCCGAGAGGAGGAAGGAGGAAAAUGAAGAAGCGCUGCAGGGGGAGAAUGAGGGAGAUGAAGCACAGGUGCAGGAGGAGAACGGACCUGCAGCAGAGAAGCUGACUCUACAGGGACUAUUUUUUCCAGGCAGCCCCACCCCCACUCCACUCUCUGGCCGGGUUGUCUAUGUUUGCUCCUCACUGCUUGCUCUGCUGCUGACUCUCCUCUGCCUGGUGCUGGCCCACUGGCCAGGUCUGCUUUCUGGAGACCCAGGUCCCAUCACAGUGGUCGUGCUGCUCCUGGCGCUCAUCACUGGGGUCACUGGGGUCAUCUGGAGACAGCCACAGAGCUCCACUCCCCUUCCCUUUAAGGUCCCUGCUCUGCCUCUCCUCCCACUCCUGAGCAUCUUUGUGAAUGUCUCCCUUAUGAUGCAGAUGACAGCUGCCACCUGGCUGAGAUUUGGUGUCUGGAUGCUGAUUGGGUUUGCUAUCUACCUCGGCUAUGGGAUCCAGCAAGCCUGUUCGCUUAACCGCACUUAAGGGCCCAAACUGUCGACCUUGACCUCAGCAGAGCCAGUACUUAUUUGGCCUGACGUCGUCAAACCUGAAUGCAGUCUGGUCACCUGCACAAUAAUGGGAGUACUCUUGAGCACAUAGAAAUCUAGGGCUCCUAUGAGAUAUUGGUGGGGGAACCAUAAUA